AAAACCCAUACAAAGUUGAUAUAUAAAAAUCCCACAUUCCCAUCGACUGCAUACAGCUCUAGAUGAAUGGCGAUAGAAAAAGUGAAACAAGGGGUGAAAAGAUGUUGGGAAAUGGUGGUGAAAAUAGGAGGUGAAGAUCCUAGAAAAAUAUAAAAGUGGGAGUGGCCAUGGCUGCUGUAUAUCUAAUCUACUACUUUGAUCUCUUUCACGAUGGCUACUCUACCGGUAGCGGCCUUUACGCCAUGUGGGCUGUCAACACCGUCGCUGUCGUUUUCGAGUUCUCCAUAGGAGCCACAAUUGGGAAAGGGGUCAACAGAACGCUGGCGACGCUGUUGGGAGGCGCAUUAGGAGUCGGGGCACACGGCGCCACCAGCUUUGCCGACGGCAACACGCCCGAGUCCAUCAUGCUCGCAUUCAUCAUUUUCUUCAUAUGUACAUAUAUUAUGAACAAAUUUAAUUUUAAUUGUGAUUGUGUUGUAUUUAUGCAGCUGGAGUGGCGACGUUUGGUCGAUUUAUUCCAAAGCUGAAGGCGAGAAACGACUAUUUUUUCCUGAUAAUAAUUGUGACGUUUGGGUUGAUAGCGGUGUGCACUUAUCGUGGCGAAAAGCUGAUAGAGAUGGCGGAGAAAAGGAUGUCUACUGUGUUGGUUGGUUAUGCCUGCAUAUGCCCCUGUUGGGCCGGCCAGGAUCUUCACACUCUCGUUGCCACUAACAUCCACACGCUCGCAACCUUCUUGGAAGGCUUUGGAGGCGAAUAUUUCGGGACAGGUAAUAAAAGCCAUGAUAUGGAAGGCUAUAGAGGAGUUAUUGAUUCAAAGAGCAUUGAAGAAUCACUGGCAUCGAAAAUUCAGAUACUGGCACCCUUGGGCGCUCUACCUUAAAAUUGGAAGGCUAACACGAGAAUGCGCGUGCAAGAUUGACACACUCAACGGCUGUCUUAACUCGGACAUGAAGACGCCACUAGAGAUUCGAGAAAAGAUGAAGGAAGCAUGUACAGAGAUGAGCCGGGAAUGCAGUAAAGCUUUGACAGAAUUAGCGGAGGGGAUGAAGGCGAUGACGCGGUCAACGCAUGCUGAUCCACACGUGAAAAGGGCGGAAGCUGCAGCCAUGAAUCUCAAAUUGGUGCUCCAGACUCCUCUAUGGGGCGAUGCUCAUCUCCUCGACCUGUGCCCGGCUGCCACCGUGGCUUCCCUGCUCAUGCAAAUUGUUGGUUGCACAGCCAACAUAGUAGAUUCUGUUCAUGAACUCGCCACCUUGUCCAAAUUCAAGAAUCCAAAAUGCAGUUACGGAUGUUGUGCUCAUUACUGUUCCUCUAGAUAUUAAGUAAUUAUCAAGGGACACGUGAAUCUAGUUUGACUCAAAAUGCCCAUAUAGUCAAAUUCAAUAGUUUGUCACCAGUUUAAUUCUAAUAAAGUUUAAUUAAUUUUUCGGUUUUUUGGACA